CUCUACGGAGACUUGCGACACGUAUCCCGUAUCGAAUAUCCAUCCACAAGCAUCUACAAUGUCGAGUGCUGAAGGAGCAUCUGCAACCACUGGCCGAAGCGACGGCAGCUCUAGAGGACGCGGUCGUGGCGGAGGCGGAGGCGGAGGGAGGGGAAACCAAGGCCAGAAUCGAAGCGGCGGCAAGCGAGGGGGAAGAGGCGGCGGCAAUCGAGGACAGGGACGAGGACAAAAGGGCCCUGAUUCAGCUGCGGCUGCUACACCUGAAGCUGCUGGCCAAGCAGGUCUUGCGGCGCCGGCAACCGCUGCUGUUGGGAACAAGGAGAACAAGGCGGCUAUGGCGACUGCUCCAGAGCCUGAUGACGACGACGAUGCCGAAGUCUGCUUCAUCUGCGCCAACCCCGUUGCCCACCACUCGAUUGCGCCGUGCAACCACAAGACAUGCCAUAUCUGCGGUCUACGAAUGAGGGCGUUGUACAAGACCAAAGAUUGUGCCCACUGUCGUACGUCAGCUGCUUUUGUCAUCUUCACCGACGAUGCCGAAAAGAGAUUCGAAGACUACACAGAUAAAGACUUUACCACCACCGACAGCAGCAUCGGCAUCAAGUACACAAACGAGGACAUUGUUGGAGACACCGUCCUCUUGCUGAGAUACAACUGUCCAGACGAAUCGUGCGACUUUGCCGGCCUGGGCUGGGCCGAUCUGCAUCGCCAUGUCAAGUCGGCGCAUCGCAAGCGCAUGUGCGACCUCUGCACCCGCAACAAAAAAGUAUUCACCCACGAGCACGAGCUCUUCACCGAUAAGGAGCUGGAGAAGCACAUGCGGCACGGCGACGACAAGCCGGGCGCUGCCGAUCAGACAGGCUUCAAGGGCCACCCUCUGUGCGGUUUCUGCGGCGAACGCUUCUAUGACGAUGAUAAGCUGUUUGAGCACUGCCGCAUGAAGCACGAGCGGUGCUUCCUCUGCGAUCGUAGAGACUCAAGACAGCCGCACUAUUUCCUCAAUUAUGAUGAGCUUGAGAAGCACUUCAAGAAGGACCACUUUCUGUGCUCUGAUCGGGGAUGCAUGGAGAAGAAGUUUGUCGUCUUCGAGUCUGAAUUGGAUUUACAGGCACACAAUCUCGCCGAGCAUGCCGGCAAACACGUAGGCCGAGAUGCCAGGCUCGUUGACAUUUCUGCCUUUGAUAUCCGUCAAUCCUAUCAGCAGGAAAGACGUGGAGGACCAAGUGGCAGUGGUGGCCAGCGAGAUGGAGAGGGACGGGCGCGAGCCAGAGGAAGGGGCAACAGGGGGAGAGACCCCAACGAAGACAGCAUAUUGCCCACCGUGACAUCCAGCGUUCCAUUGCGGAGAGACGAGCUCGCAUUCCAGAGGCAAAUGGCCAUCGUCUCGGCGCCCUCGGGCUCCAACCGGACAUUCCGUGGCCAGCUAUCGACCCCAGCUCCUGCUCCUGCUCCCUCUACCGCUCCCGUAACCCCCACGCUCGCACCAACACCAGCCCAAGCUUCGUCAACUCGGAAUGCUGCUCCAGCGCCCUCAAGGCCCCGGAGUGUUGGUCCGGGCACCGGCCCCGCUGCUCCCACAACUGCCAUAGAGACUCUCAGCCUCUCCGACACGGCCAACCUCUCGGCCGAUGAGCGAGCUCGUCUAGUUCGCCACGGCAGCGUCAUUGAGCGGGCCGCAAACCUGUUGGGCAACGACUCGCACAAGAUGGCGGCGUUUCGUAGCCACAUCUCGACAUAUCGCCAGGGAGGCUUCACAGCCCCCCAACUCGUCGAGGCCUUCUUCACGCUAUUUGCUGAUGUUUCCUCCAAUGCUCUAGGAAUUUUGGUGCGAGAGCUGGCGGAUCUGUUUGAUGACAAGAGCAAAGCCGACAGCCUUAGAAAGGCAUGGCAAGACUGGCGUGCCAUCAACGAAGACUAUCCUAGCCUGCCCGGCCUCGGAGGCAUGCAAGGAGCCACAUCGAGCUCCAGCGGAUGGGCGAGUGCUGCGGCCGUGAAUACAAACUUCACCGUCGUUGGUGCAUCGCAGCGAAACUCAACGAGGGUCCUAAAGCUGAAGAAUAGUACUCGAUUAGGCGGUCCGGCACCCAACACGGUGAGAAGUGUUCCCGGCUGGGUCCCGGCUUCGUCGUCUUCCAGGGCUCCCUCGUCGGCAGCAUUCCCUUCUCUGCCGCCGCCGUCUUCGUCGUCGUCGUCAUCGACCGCCGCACGCGUGGCUUCUAGUGCAUCUACUCCCUCCUGGACAGCCUCGUCGUCCUCGCAGUCGACACAGUCUCGCGGACCCCCGCCGCCCAACACUCGCGCCGAAGAUGCUUUCCCUGCACUCCCUGCGGCGCCUAAGCCACAGACAACCAUCUUUGGAUACGGCAAGGGCCGCGGCGUGAGGCGAGACUUUGGCCAGCAGGAGUCGAAUUUCCAAUGGGGAGCUGCCCCUGCGUCGUCGUCUGCGGCGGCUGAUUUGGAAGAGCCUGAUGAUGCUGAGGUGACGGGAGGGAAGGGGAAGAAGGGAGGGAAGAAGGGCAAGAAGCAGAUUCUGGUGCAGUGGGGAUAAACAAAGAGGGGAUGUUACCGUUUUGUCUCACUUUCCGGGAUGUUUCCAUCUUUUCCCUGAUAUUCGUGGUGUUUUUUUUUUUUUUUGAUAGGAUCUGUGUGAAGACUUUGGCUAGGCGUUGGAUUGGUUGGCCUCUUCUUUCUCCUAAAAGCCGUCUGAAGGGCUGUUUAGAUUGUCACCAGCGAGAUGGGAACAAAUGUGAAAUAAGACAAGCGUAUAAGAAUAAAGAGACAUGUCACGUC